AUGGCAGCACAUCCAAUAGUGGUAGCUGGGAUAAGACGCAGGAUUGGAAAUGGGGAAACAACUCUUAUUUGGGGACACCCAUGGCUCCAGGAUAAUCCAAGUCCCUUAAUACAAACAAUUAUGCCUGAGGAGUUGAGAGAUGCACGGGUAGCAGGUUUGAUUGACCCACAAACACAAACAUGGGAUCCACAUAUUUUAUCUGAUUUAUUUAUCCCAGAGGAUGUGAGCAGAAUAGUUAUGAUUCCUGUUAGCCCUGGGUAUGAUGACUCAUGGUACUGGAUGGGUGACCCAAAAGGUAUUUAUUCAGUAAAGAAUGCCUACAAGCGUAUUGUUGGGGAUUAUGAGAAUAACCCAGAUUCUUUUGCGGAAUGGUUAGCCGGGGCUAUGUCAAUUCUGACAGAGGAACAAACACAACUGUUGGUGGGUGUUCUGUACAAUAUUUGGAGAAGCCGCAAUUCGGCAGUGUGGGAAGGGGCCAUGACACGGCCGCAGGCCGUGGUGAAGGGGGCGGCAACCUUGUUGAAUGCUUAUGGUGCAGUACACGGCCGUGCGGCGAGAGAGGGAAUACGGACACAAUCCGAACCGGUGUUGCCUGGCAAUCACAUGCGAUGCUAUAUGGAUGCGGGAUUUCAGCAAGAAACCGAGGAGGCUACGUAUGGGAUUGUGUUAUUGGACCCCGGUGGCUCGUUUGUGGCAGCUAAGAAUGGCAGAUCACCUAUUUGUUUCUCACCACUCAUGGCAGAGGCAGUGGCUUUUAAAGAGGCACUGUCCUGGUUACUAGAAAGGAGUAUAAAUUCAGCCGAGCUGCUCACGGAUUUCUUCGUAGAGCGCAGAAAGCCGCUCCCCGCUUUACAACGUUCUCGUUCCCAGAGUUUGAUAGGUUUGAUGGAGAUUGGAUAUGGCAUACCAAAUGGCCUUCAUGAGAAUAUUGAAGAUGGCAAUGACAUUAAGAUGUCUGAGUUUGAGGAGGGAGAAUUGGUCGAGAUGAUUUCUAAGACUGAAUUGGGAGAAAAUAGUGCUGUAGUUUCCAAGAUAGAAUCACAAGAAACUAGGGCUGGAACUGAGGACGUAUUUGAUAAAGACCAUGGGACUAAGAAUAAGAACCCUAGGAAGAAGAAUAGGAAGAAGAAGAGGAAGAACAAAGGAAAUAAAGGCACUCAAGGUCCAAAUAUUACAGAUAUCAACAGGUUUGUUACAUAUGUGUGUAAACGGCUGAGAGAAAAAAAAUCUUAUUUGGUGUGGAACGCUGUGGCAUGUCUUGGUGUAUCAGCUCUCAGUGAUCUUGUCAGAGAGGUGGAGGCAAUUCAGGCUUGUGGUGGACAGAAGACUGCUGAUGGCCGGCGCUUUAGAGCAGGUGGUGGGAUAUUGUGGAACGUCAUCAAAGCGCGUGAGCCCAAUGCUUACAAAGAUAUAAUGAAAAGGGGAAAGGAGUUUGAGAAGCAGCUCAAGCAAGUUCCUAAAACGCCCCUGAUCAAGCAAGAAGCAAAAGACGCUAUUUCCCAGAAUACCCUUGGCACAGUGACAGAUAAACCGCUAGCCAAUGCUUCAGAUGGUCGUGUUCCAUCUAAUAUGGUGUGCGAUUUUCAGGAAGAGUCGACUAGUGGACCACAACGGCAGUCUGUUUAUAAUAGAAUACGGGUGCCAGUCUCCUAUGAUGAUCUGUUUGAAGAAGAGUGUGCUAAAUGUAGAGCAUAUGCUAUAUAAUUUGCUACUGAACUAUGGACCUUUACAGAUUCCUUUUUUUUU